UCUGCUUAACAACAGUAACGUCACACGGACUACAGGGGAGUUUUGUUGGAAGUUGCAAAGUCCUGGAGCCUCCAGAGGGCUGUCGGCGCAGUAGCAGCGAGCAGCAGCGUCCGCGCGCUCCGGCGAGGGGCAGACGAGCUCGAGGGAGCGCGGGGUAGCGGGAGCUAGAGCCGAGCGCGCACCGACCCGGGACCCGCCGCCGUCCCCAGGCCGCUCAGUAGAGCCCCAGCCAUGGCACACCAACUCUUAUGCUGCGAGGUGGAGACCAUCCGCCGGGCGUACCCCGAUGCCAACCUCCUCAACGACCGGGUGCUGCGGGCCAUGCUCAAGGCGGAGGAGACCUGCGCACCCUCCGUGUCCUACUUCAAGUGUGUGCAGAAGGAGAUCCUGCCGUCCAUGCGGAAGAUCGUGGCCACCUGGAUGCUGGAGGUCUGCGAGGAGCAGAAGUGCGAGGAGGAGGUCUUCCCGCUGGCCAUGAACUACCUGGACCGCUUCCUGUCGCUGGAGCCGGUGAAAAAGAGCCGCCUGCAGCUGCUGGGGGCCACCUGCAUGUUCGUGGCCUCGAAGAUGAAGGAGACCAUCCCCCUGACGGCCGAGAAGCUGUGCAUCUACACUGACAACUCCAUCCGGCCUGACGAGCUGCUGCAAAUGGAGCUGUUCCUGGUGAACAAACUUAAGUGGAACCUGGCCGCGAUGACCCCGCAUGAUUUCAUCGAGCACUUCCUCUCUAAGAUGCCUGUGGCGGAAGAGAACAGACAGAUCAUCCGCAAGCACGCACAGACCUUCGUCGCCCUCUGUGCCACAGACGUGAAGUUCAUUUCCAACCCGCCCUCCAUGGUGGCAGCUGGGAGCGUGGUGGCCGCCGUGCAAGGCCUGCACCUGGGGAGUUCCAGCAGCUUCCUGUCCUACCCCCGCCUCACUCGGUUCCUCUCCAAAGUGAUUAAGUGUGACGCGGACUGUCUCCGGGCGUGCCAGGAGCAGAUCGAAGCCCUGCUGGAGUCCAGCCUGCGCCAGGCCCAGCAGCAGAGCCUGGACCCCAAGGCGGCGGAGGAGGAGGAGGAGGAGGAGGAGGCCGACCUGGCCUGCACGCCCACCGAUGUGCGAGAUGUGAACAUUUGAGGGCGCGCGCAUGCGCGGGAGGGGCCGGCCCCAGGUGCUCCCCUGACAGGACCGUGUUCCUUGCCAGGACCGGUCACCACCAGAAGGGAAAGCUUUCCUUCUCCUUUACUGUCGGUUUGUUUCCUUUGCUCUUUCCUCCCUUCCGUCUCUGACUUAAGCAAAAGAAGAAAAACUGCCCUUAAAAAAAAAAAAAAAAAAAAAGGAGAGAAAAAAGAAAUAGUAUUUGCAUAACCCUGAGCUGGGGGGUGGGGGGAGGUUUGCUACAAAAAUAGAGGAUCUUAUACCCCAUAAUCAACUAGAUUGUAUAUGGAUGUGUUUGUGUCUCUGUGUUGUUAAGGAUAGGCAUUAACACAAGGAACGAGUCUGCAGGGGAGGAUUAGAUUGGAUUACGUGUUUAAAACAAAACGGAAAAAAAAAAAAGCAUAAAAACAUUUUAAAAACUAGAAAAAAGCCAACCAGCCAUUUUUGGAGUAGAAGAGGAUUUUUAGGUAGCAAACGCGCUCGUGUGCCGUCCCCGAGGAGCACGGCUUUAAGGUGGUCCUAGGUACCCUGCAUCUCGCUUGCUCGUGCAUGUAGUCACUUUAUCAGUCCUUUGCGCGUUUUAUUCUAUUCCGUAGAUAGGUGUGUAACCUCUUCACCUGUCCGUGGCUGAUGUAAGCUCAGUUAGCGUAGCAUAGAGCUCAGCGUGGUCGCAUGCUGGCCCUCUUUCCGCCCGCGGCCCGACCCGGAGCGGGUGGCCAGGGCCCCGGCUGGUGGCACAGUGGACACGGAAAACCAGCUCCGACUCCCGGCCCGCGCUGCUGGUAAAGAGAACCCGCCGUAGCGACGUAAUAUAUUCUAUUUUUAUAAUCUUCCUAUUUUUGUAGUUGCCUGUUGAUGAGAUGCUGGUUUUUCACCCCCACAGACCCGCAGCCUGCUCACAUCCAGGUGAAAUCCACAGCUCCUUUUUUUUUUCUUUUUUCCUUCUCAAUAUUCUAGAACCAUUCCAUUUCAAAGCACUUUCAAUCCAGUGGUUAUAGGGAAUCUCUCUUGUUUCUGUUGUGUGUGGAGGGCGGGUGGGGGGGCAGUUUCUUAAUGGAAUGGUUUGGGAAUAUUCACGUCCUUGUGUGCAGACAGGAUGGCGAGGCAAGUGCAUGUCACUUAAGGAGUUAGCGGAAGGGGAUGUUCUUGAAGGCGAGCUUCCGGUCAAGAAGUGCAUUCUUAGAUUGCCAGGAUGAUGCAUUCCUUUCUCUGUAGAGCAGUGGAAGUUCGGGAGUCCUUGGUGCCAACUGGUGUUUGAAAGCGUAGGGGGCCUUUAAAGGUUGACCUAGAGAACGCGUAGUUUAAGGGUUAGGAAGGUUUUUAAACACUAAAAUAUAUAAUUUAUAGUUAAGGCUAAAAAGAAUAUUUAUUGCAGAGGAUUGCAGAGGAUGUUCGUAAGGCCAGUAUGAUUUAUAAAGUAAUGCAAUCUCCCCUUGAUUUACACCCACCCACACCCACCCACACACAUACACACACACCCACAUACACACACACAUACCCACACACACACACACACACCUACACACACACACACACACACACCCCACACACACAUACACACACACACACACACAUUUUUUGCCUUUGAUGUUGCAGGUUUCAUACAGUUUGUCAAAGUUAGGUCCUUUUUCAUAGGAGAGAGGAAAAGAUCCUGAGGAACAACACAGAGAGCAUGGAUUUGGCUGAUUCAGCCCGUCUUGGUGGUGUUCCAAUGGGAACCCCAUCUGAGAGGCCUCGGAGUUCCACAGAAGGUUAGGGUGCCCAAAAACAAGUCCAGCCCCAACAUACUGUCCCCUUUUGAAAAAAUUUUAGCAACCAGUAGACAAUUUGCACAUCUUGGCUGUGUACCUUUUCGGAAUGACUACGUAGGGAGAGUCGAAGGCGGCGAGAGCACAGGGCUGGUGCUUGGCAGGGGACGCAGGGGGGCGUGUGGGCGUGCGGAGGGCCGACGGCGGGACCAAGCGGCGGGCAGGCUGCGGCUCAGUUUCCCGAUUCGCUGCUACCGAUGACUUCCCGGCACAGUUUGGAAACCGAUUCACAUUGCUUUUCUGUAUCUCUUUCACAUUGUUUUGCUGCUAUUGGAAGAUCAGUUUUUUUGUUUUUGUUUUACAAUGUCAUAUACUGCCAUGUUCUAGUUUUAAUUUUCUCAUAGAAAAA